UUUUGUUUUUUAUUUACCUACCUAUUUUUGGCCAAUGUGAUGGCAUGGUGUUCUCUGAAAUCUUAAUUUUUAAUGAUUUAACCCAUUUUUUAACAAAUUAAAUAAAAAUAUGCCUCCGAAACAAGCUAAGAAAACUUUAUGGGUGGAUUGUGAACGUUGUGGCUGCAGUAUAACCUCAAACGACAAGCCCGUUCAUGUGGAGUUAAAUUGUGCAAAAGAUCAGUUAAAAUGUCCGUAUAUCGAGGCUGGAGUCCUAUAUUCUUGGCUCGUGAGGGGUGGAGCGCCCCCGGACGGCGUGCCAAGAGAUGCGGUUAUGGUUCAUCCAUCAACAAGUUCUUUAAUAGGAGCCGUCAUUGGAGGUCCCUUGGAAAUCUGUAGAGAUGGGGCCCCUAAGCUUGUGAAGCGGAUGUGGCCCUCCAAAAACUGUGCCCCCGCUGCUGUUAUAUUACCCGCUGCAGAUCUACCUAGUGCAUGGUGCGGUGACAACAAGAAAAUCACAGUGUCAGUUGUAGAAAGUAAAAUCCCGAAAGCUACCAGUGUCUCCAUCAGAAUCCAAAGUCACAAAAUUGAGACAGACAUAAGUGGCAUAUUGAAACAGCACUUUUAUAACAACUUUGUAUGCGUUGGCAGCAUUUUAGUUUACUAUUACUUUGGAAAGAAACUUGACAUAGAAAUACUUAAUUUAAAACGUGACAUUUCUGAUUGUAUAAAUGAAACUUGGUGUGUUUUGGAUGAAAACACUAUAUGGCGUGUUGAAAAAGAUGUAGUACCAAAAAGUAAAAGAACUUUAUGCUUAGGCGGCGUUGAUGAUAUUUUAGAUGAAAUCAAAACUUUUAUCGAUAUAUCUUUCAACAAAAAUGGCAUUGCAUCAAACUUUCAACCAACUAGAGGUCUCUUGAUCUACGGCCAUUCAGGUAUAGGAAAAACUGCUAUCUGUAAAUAUUUAAUUGAACACACCCAAUGCCAUCAUAUUGAAGUGAAUGGCCCAGCUAUAUUUAGCAAAUAUUUCGGUGAAACAGAAGCCACAAUGAAAAGUUUGUUCGCAAAAGCGAUAGAAAAUGAACCUAGUAUUAUUUUAGUUGAUGAAAUUGAAACUAUUUGUCCGAGGCGUUCCUCGGGGAGUACAGAACAAGAAAGAAGGAUAACCUCAGCUUUCGUAUCCCUUUUGGAUAAUUUACAUCAAGAGAACAGUAGAGUAUUUGUUUUGGCCACUACAAGGAAACCAGAUGCAAUAGAUCCUAUGUUGAGAAGAUUUGGGAGACUAGAUAAAGAGAUAGAAGUGCCUGUUCCAGACAGAAUUCGAAGGAGAGAAAUUCUACAUAGUCUUUUAAAAAGUCUUCCCGGUAAAAUUUCAUCUCAAGAUAUAGAUUCGAUUUCAGAACUAGCGCAUGGUUACGUAGCAGCUGAUUUAGUGAACCUUUGUACUCAGGCGUCAAUGAAAUGUAUGAAGCGUUCAAGUGAUCAUAUUGAAAAGGAUGAUUUGAUGGCAGCAUUGACUAUAGUGAGGCCUAGUGCCAUGAGGGAAUUGUUAAUAGAAAUUCCUAAUGUGAGAUGGUCAGAUAUCGGUGGCAUGGAUAACUUGAAAUUAAAGUUAAGGCAAGCUGUUGAAUGGCCAUUGAAGCAUGCUGACAGUUUUCAACGCUUAGGGGUUAAGCCACCAGGGGGCGUCUUAUUAUAUGGUCCUCCAGGUUGUUCAAAGACUAUGAUAGCAAAAGCACUGGCCACUGAGAGUGGUUUAAAUUUCUUAUCAAUAAAAGGGCCAGAAUUAUUUUCAAAAUGGGUUGGAGAGUCUGAGAGAGCUGUUAGGGAUUUAUUUAGAAAAGCUCGUCAAGUGGCGCCCUCUGUAAUAUUUUUCGAUGAAAUGGAUGCUAUUGGGGGGGAAAGGGGAGUGGGCGAAGCGGGAGUACACGAAAGAGUCUUAGCCCAGUUGUUGACCGAGUUAGAUGGGGUAGUGCCAUUGAAGUCGGUCACUAUAUUGGCUGCAACAAACCGUCCGGACAAAAUGGACCGGGCGUUAUUGAGGCCGGGCCGGCUGGACAGGCUAAUCUAUGUACCUUUGCCCGAUUAUGAAACUAGAUUGCAGAUAAUAGAGUUGAAAUUAGCAAAAAUGAGCGUCAGUGAAGACGUGUCAGCAGAGAAUAUAGCACAGAUGACAAAUAAGUUUUCAGGAGCUGAACUACAUGCUGUGUGCCACGAGGCCGCUUUGAGAGCAUUGGAAGAAGACUUGAAUUGUCAAGAAGUGACAUUGAAAGACUUCCAAGAUGUUUUGAAAGAUUUCACACCGAGAACUCCAAAUUAUUUAUUAAAAGUUUACGAGGAGUUUGCUUUGGGACAAAAAUCGGGUUAAUAAAUCUUAAAAUGUGGCUUUCUAUUCAGAAAUUCGACCUUAACUAGCAACAUAUUCGAAAACGACUAACAUUUCGGAAAUACCAGUACUAAGAAACGUUCUUGUAAUGGUCCCAGUCCCAUCCAUGAAGAAUGGAUCCUUUAUGAAAUCAUAGAUAGAUUGUGUUGACCAAGAACUAACCUAUUUAGGCCUGAUAAACAAAUAUGGCUGACGAAAUUUAUAUCUAUUGUAAGUUUAAAUGAAAGAUUUUAAUAUGUAAAGUGUUAAAAUAAAAAGCGUUCAAGAUG